AUGGCGCUCUCGUUAGAUGCCGCCAAGAUCCAAGCCAAUGCCAUGUCCAAGGUGCUUGAGAUGGCGGACCUAAACCCCGAGACGCUGGCCAAAACCUUCAAAGAUUUCGGCGAGAGUCCCGAAAAGUUGCGAGCAUUACUCAAUCUUUGGUUUACUCCCUGGGCCAAGCCGAGCUUUGUGCAAGACCGAGACUACGCCGUCGCCGGUUUACGGGACGUCGAGUUCCUUGGGACUGCGGACCUGCCGCCCGGACAGCGCCCGUACCGGAUGUUUGACAUCGAGACGGGCAACUUGGUGGAGUACCCGGCAAUCGGUGUUCGUGGUCAAUAUUGCAUGCUGUCUCAUCGGUGGAAAGGCGUCGAAGUAUCACUCAGUUACAUCAGAGACGCCCGGAGAAAGGAGCUUGAGCGCGCGAGGGAGGCGGCUCGAAAUGGACAGACGAGUCUGCAAAACAAGAGGAAGAGCGAUGUGCAGUUGGCUGUGGACCAAUGCCGGUUGGAUAUUGAAGAACAGGAGGGCUUGAUCAAGGAGUUAGGUGGGGAGGAAGCAGUGCCACUCAAUAUUGGCGACCUCCUAAGCCGCCGUCUUGACGUACGCAGUGUUGAGUACAAGCUCGGAAGCGCAAAGGACGACGAAGACAAGAAAACAACCAAACUACGCUUUGCAAAAAUGGAACAAAAGAUAUUCAGCCAUCUUGUCAACCAGAUGCAGGAUCGGGUGGACGAGGAGAUGGAGGCGCAUUUGGGGAAAUCUGAGACUCACAAGGCCUCUGCUCAUCGACCGAGUGGGGGAAACCUGGGCGGCGAGGUCAUAACCGAGAUCGAAGCCGAGAUCAUGGCAGCUGCGGGCACGCUCAAGAAAGCGCAGGAUAAGCAUGACUCGGCAAAGAUUGACAUUGAGUACUUCCAGCGGCAUCCUCGUCUGCGCGAUGCACUUGAUGAGAUGGUUUGCCGUCUGCAGAGGUGGAAGUCGGUCAUCAAAAUCGACCGGGCCAUUCAAGAAGCCGACCGCAUCUUCAAGACCAAGCUCUUCCGAGACCGCGAGAAGUGCUAUUUGUGGACGGACCCAUGCUGCAUUGACAAGUCAAACGGAGGGGAGCUUUCUGAAUCCCUGUCGCUCAUGGGAGAUUGGUACGCCGAUGCUGAAUUCACCCUGGUGCAACUCGACACUCGCUUUAAUGAGGAGGAUGCCGUCAAGGAUUGGGACCGCUUUCAGGCGGAGCGCAGGAACAAGCAGCCGCUUGAUGAGCCACCCAAUAUCCAGGAUUUCAGGGACAUCAAGAAGUACGGACCAAAGGCACCGGAGUGGUCGACGCGGGCUUGGACUUUACAGGAGUUGGUCAUGAGCAAAACAACCUUUUACGUCAACUCGUUAUGGUCCCCCCUGAGCCGGCCGGUGGAAAGCCUGGGGUACUUUUACUAUCUGAUCCCCUUCAUCGCACUUUACACGGGUGGUGACACCAGGAACAUUUACCGCUUUUCAUGUCAGGAGACCCGGGGGUUUUGGGACUCAGAGAAUCUCACACAGGUCUUGGGCAACGCAGAAAGCUUGGAUCGGCUUGAUCGCUUCCGCAAGAACAUCCAGGUCGGGGGGUCUCCAACAAAGGGGACAGCAUUCAGCGAGGUCUCCAGAGUUGAGACGGCUCAACAAUUGAUCGCUCUUCUCGAUGUCCUUGGUGUUCGGAUUCCGGGCAGCCUCACCAUGGAAACGGCAACUUCUGAAGUGACUCGAGCCGUGUACCUUGCCUCGGCUGACUUGGCCGGCGACAACGAGAAUGCCAAGCGGCAGCGAGAACACUAUUUGAGACUCAAGAAAUGCCUCCCAGAACCGGAUCUAACGGCUUUCCCCAAAGAUAUGAGCGAACAAGAGAGAACCGAGGAGGUCGCGCAGCACGCCCUCAACUUUAUACUUCAGUGUCUGGUCGCUGAAACUGAGGAUCUCGUUCUCGCAGAUCGACAAUGGAUUGCUGAGUUCGGACAUAUUCAGCAAACUUACAGCAUGGAUACGAGGCACAAGCCGAGCUGGAUUCUCGGCUCAGAGCGUGUUGGAGCUGUCCGGAACGCGAACGGCCUACUGUUGAAACCGACAAGUCGCUCCACCAAAGCCCUGACACGGCUGCUCGACGAGGUGGUAAUAAGCCGUAACGACAUUUCCGUGUUCAACUGGACUGGGAUGGAAAUGGGUAGCCCCAUCCGGGGCAGGUCGAUGUACCCUUCCUCCCCCCGGGCGUACGGAAAACAAGUCGACCGCGGCAGGCGAUACAAUUUCCUUCUUGCUGCGAGGGUCCAGGACAAGAUGGACGAUGUCAUGACGACAUAUCAUAGUGUCAUCCGGACCUUACGAAGCGCUAUCGAUUCCCUCAAAGACAAGGAACGCAAGAGCCUCCCGAUCAACUGGAUUGAGCGGAUAGUGCAGAUUGUCCGUUUAAAUGGCUUCAGAGAGCUCAAGCCACAGCAAGAGGGAUUUGAAAAGAUUGUUGCAUACGUCAGAGAGUAUUGCAGAAGAGAAAGGUUGGAGCAGCAGGCAAAGGCCAAGGCAGCAAAGUUGGCCGAAUCUGCGGCCUCUCCUCCACCCGAGAGGGGCAGUUCACUACUGAAGAUGCCCACCAUUCCCUCAGUGACGUCUCUGUCGGCGCCCUCUCUAUCUUUGUCUGGGUUCAUGAGCUCGGCAUCUCCCAAGAAGGUUGAGGAGAGUUCGGGCUCAGUCAAGAAGGCAUCAAAGUUCGGGCUGGGAAAGGGGCUGAAAAGCUCUUCUUUUGGAUUCUCUAAAAAGGGCGAAAGUUCAACCGUGGAGGAGCAGCCGGCAAUAGUCGAGGCUCCCGCGACACCUCAGGCCUCAGAAAGUCCUGAUGUCAUGUCCGACCCGCCACCGCCAUAUGCGGCAGUUGACAGGCCCCCGGCACAGCCCUCCUGGCAGGACUUCGACGGACAAGUGAUGGACUAUCUCGCUGUUACGCCAGCCGAAAGACUGAACAAGACUCUCCCACCCGAGCUCCAAUCGAUCAACUUCGACCUUGACAAAAGUGAACGACCCACUGCCCAGCGCCAUGGCUCCGAAAAGGAUUCCUUCGAAAGGCAAGAUUUCAACACCAUCUCGCCCAACCCCAUCAUUGUCAACAACUCCGGUAUCGAGGGACUCUUCGACAUCCAGCGCGUUGUCGUGACCAUGAUCGACCCCGAGAAGCUGCGGAGACAAAUUGCCAAAGCAGCCGGUCCACACGACAAGAUAUCGGGCUGGUGCUCCAUCAGCACCGGCUUUGCCAGGGUGAUCACCAGUUUCGCCUGUGAAAGGCGCAUCUUAGAGCAGGAGCUAGACGUCAUCGAGUCCGUGGGCGCCCGGGUGUUACAGGAGCAGGACAAAGGCAAGGGCGACAAACGCAGCGCCAAAAUCCUCCACACCCUCUCCGUCACCAACACCACCACAACCACCCCAACCCCCGCAAAAGAAGACGCCGCCGCCCCCAAUCCCGCCAACCCACCCGACGCAACCACCAACACCCCCACCGACCCCGACAAAGGCACCACGGAAGAAGAGCGCCUCGUCGGACGCAUGAUCGCCUUCAUCUCAAGAGCCGCACCUGGACCUCGUUCGCGGGCGAGUGGGUGCUGGCGCGCUUUUCGGGCGCCCCAGGCGCCCACUGGUUCCUCUGCCACCUGGAGCUGGGCCCCGUGCCGGGGCAAUUCUACGGCCGGCGCAUCGCAGCCGGCGCCAUCGACUUCCACGACUCGACGCCCGAGCCGGGGCUGGUAA